AUGUAUCAGAUUGAUGAAAAUAAAGGAUUUCAAAUCUUAUCGACUACUCCCAAAAACCAAUCAAACAACCCCUUAAAUCAAUCCCAAUUCACAAUUUCAUCAAACCCUAAUAAUAAAUUCAUUACAAAUCUCCACUCAUAUAUCCCACUCCAUGACCUAACCUCUUUAAACCCUAAAUUUGAUACAAACUCAUCAAACCCUAAUAAUAGCAUUAUGAACCCAAACCCUAACCCUAAUAAUCAUAUACUAAGUUCAGAUGAUCAAGAUCAAGCAAGUAAGGAACAAAAUGAAGAACAAGAGAUAAGGAGACUAAAGAGAAUGAUAUCAAAUAGAGAAUCAGCAAGAAGAUCAAGGCUUCGAAAACGAAAACAACUUGAAAAUCUUCAAUCACAAGUUUUGCAACUUCUUGCUGCAAAUCACCAAUUAGCUGAGAAACUUAACCUUGUCAUGGACUCUAAUUAUGAGUUAAUCCAAGAGAAUACUCGACUUCGAGAUGAAUCUAUUUGUUUGAGAAAUGAGUUGAUUAUAUCCAUGAAAUUAUCAUCUUUUUAUAGUAAAUUUAUGGUUGUAAAGUUUAAUUCAAUUUCUUUCUACAUUGGUAUCAUUAUCAUGUCAUUUCACCGUGAGACUUAUUCAAUUGGGUCAACCUAA